GCUUCAGGCUGCUGCCUUGUCAUCUCCUCGCAUGCACAGGAAGAACAGAGGGGUCCCGUGCCUGGACUGGGGCUGUGCCAGCAGCCCGGCUUCUACCUGGUGCUGCCUCGAGGAUGUUGAAAACUUCUGCUGGCACAGUUGAGCAGAGCAGGGCAGCGUGGGUGUAAAGGUCAGUGGUGCAAGAGCCGGGGGAGCUGCCCGGACUUCAGCCUUUCCUUUAAACCUGCUGCUGGAGGAAGGCAAAGCGAAGUCCGACCGAAGCCUGAGCAGGGAAGGCACGGCACUACCCCACCAAGCUGCUUGCUCACACCCCUGUGAGUUGCCUGCUGUAGGACAGCAUGGUGCGGCGUGUGGCUGUUAUCGGGGCCGGGGUUGGUGGGUUGGCCUCCAUCAAGUGCUGCCUGGAGGAGGGGCUGGAGCCCACCUGCUUCGAGAGGAGUGAGGACAUCGGGGGCCUCUGGCGCUACACGGACUCCAUGGACAGCGGGAGGGUCAGCGUGUACCGCUCGGUCAUCACCAACACCUCCAAGGAGAUGUCCUGCUUCAGCGACUUCCCCUUCCCAGAGGAUUUUCCCAGUUACCUGCCCCACAACCUCCUCAUGGAGUACUUUCGGAUGUACGCCCGGCACUUUGACCUCCUGCAGCACAUACGCUUUAAGACAACAGUUCUCAGUGUAAGGAAACGCCCAGAUUUUGCCACCUCAGGCCAGUGGGAGGUGGUCACAGAGGCCAAUGGUGUCGAGGAGUCACACGUCUUUGAUGCUGUCAUGGUUUGCACCGGCCAUUACCAGGAGCCCUACUUGCCAUUGACUUCUUUCCCAGGUAUUGAGACCCACUUCAAAGGCCAGUACCUCCACAGCCGGGAAUACAGAGACAUGGAGGCUUUCCGGGGAAAGCGGGUCCUCGUGGUUGGCAUCGGCAACACGGGCGGUGACCUCUCCGUGGAGCUGAGCCAUGUGGCUGCAAAGGUGUUCCUCAGUGCCAGGAGCAGCACAUGGGUGUUCAGCCGGGUCUCGGACCAUGGCUUCCCCUUCGACAUGGUCAACACCACUCGCUUCAACCACUUUCUCGACUGGCUUCUCCCCUCAGCGCUCACAAAGAGGAUCAAGUUUCGGAAGUUCAAUUCAUGGUUUAACCAUGCAAACUAUGGCUUGGCUUCCACCAAAAGCUCCAAAUUUAAGUUAAUUAUCAAUGAAGAGCUGCCAUUUUGCCUCCUCUCUGGGACCGUCGUGUUGAAGCCACGAGUGAAGGAGUUCACUGAAAGCUCCGCUCUUUUUGAAGAUGGGACAACAGAAGAAAACAUUGACGUGGUGCUCUUUGCCACGGGCUACAUCUUCUCCUUUCCCUUCCUCGAAGAGUCAGUUCGCAGUCUCUUUGAUGACAACCGUUCCCUCUAUAAAUGCAUCUUCCCUCCCCAGCUGGAAAAGCCAACGCUGGCCAUCCUCGGCUUAAUCCAGCUGACCGGCUCUUUGAUGGUGGGAACAGAAAUGCAGGCUCGCUGGGUGACAGGGAUCUUUGCAGGCUGGAACAAGCUCCCUCCUGCCAGCAGGAUGAUUGCUGAUGUUUUGAAGAAGAAGCCGCCAGUCAAAAGGAAUCCAUCCGAGGGAGAGAACUUGAAGAUGAGUUUUAUCAGCUACACUGAUGAAAUCGCUUCAUGUGCUGGUGUAAAGCCCAGCGUGCUGAGGCUGCUCCUGACAGACCCCCGCCUGGCUCUAGCCAUCUUCUUUGGCCCCUGCACACCCUACCAGUACCGACUCAUGGGACGGGGCAAGUGGAGUGGGGCCAGAGAUGCCAUCUUGACUCAGUGGCAACGGACACUGAAGCCCUUGAGAACCCGUGUGGUGGAUGACUCCUCCCCUGGCUGGUGCUGGAUCUGCCUCCUGGCCUUGCCACCAGCUUUGGCAGUGGGGUUCCUGCUUUCUAAAUACCCCUGGCUGGGCUGGAGUCCCCGAGCAGGUCCCCAGCUGUAGAAGAAACCUGGUGUGACCCAGUCCCAGGAAAGCUGGGAAUUUGUCACUGCAGGUGUUUUCUGCAGUGGGGGGGUCUGGAGCUGGCCCCCAGAUGCUGUUUGGUGCCCAGCCUCCUCCUGCUGCUGUUUCACACCCACCAAAGGCCAUACAGUGUUUAGUCCAAACCCAAUGCAACCCACACCAGUGUUGCACCAGUACCAGGCUGAAUCUCCAGUGGCCUUUUGGGAAGAACUUUAUUGGAAAGAGCUUUUUGUUGUUGGGUUUUUCUUUCUGGACAGGCUGGUGUGCACAGGGCCAGCCUUCCUCCCCCUGCUGCUCCCCCAGAGCUUCCUCCAUGCAUUUUGAACAAGACCUGCAAUACCUUGAGAUCAUCUGCGACACUAGCUGUAGUGAUAUUUUUUUAUUUGCCCGGUAACUCUGGGGACAGGCAGCAGGGAGCCAGAAAUAAACCUCGUGGAUUUGGCCUCCUC